GUAGGCCGAGUACUUUCGGGCAAUUUGACGACAAUUUAAACAAUAAUGUCGGCCCACAGCGGCGGAACGGAUUGGAAUUCCGUUGUUAAAGCCCUGCUACUGAACCGUACAGGAGCCUUAAACAAGAACGAAGUGGUUAACCUGCUCAAAGCAAUAACGCGAUGCGAACAUGACUUUUUCGAGGAGGAAAGCAAUUUCACGCAGUUUUACACGGCCUUUGCGGCCCUGGCGGCGGACAAACUUAUGCAAAUUAAGACAAUUUGCCAGACGCAGAUUUGUCAGCUGCACGAUGCCACCGCCGUGCUCAUCCGGUUCAUUAUCUACCGACUGCCCAGGGUGUCUGUCUACGAAACCAAGUGGCUCCUGGGCGCCCUCAAGAUGCUCUGCGAGGGUCGGGAGAACCCAACAGCCGCGACGUCGACCAUGUUCGAUUACAAUGCGGUGGCCAAUGUGCUCAAAAGCUGCAAGCAUCCCGAGUCCACCACCAAGAGUAUCCUGCCCAGCAGCAGUUCGUCUGGAAGCGGAGCCAGCAACGACAAGGAGUCGCCCAAGUCGGAGAUUAAGCGAUCCCGGUCUGACCUGUCUUCGGUUAUUCUGCAGCAACUGAUUGCUCCCCUAGAGCCCGGCAAAAUGACUUGGGUUCCACUCAGCGAGGAGGUCACCGACUGCACUGAACAAAUCCUGGCGGCCAAUGUGGAGUACUUCCAGGAGCAAAAUGGAGUGGAUACCCUACUGGAUGUGUGUGUUGGCCUGCCCAUACUGAAUCGAUACCGAUCAAAAUAUAUGGAGUCCAUCAACGGCGGCAAACCGCUUUAUUUGCCUCUAACCCAAGUGGAGGCCACCGCAGUUAAAUCGAGCAUGAAUCACAUGCUUACUGAUCUCACCAUUUUGAGUCAGGCCCAAGCCCUGAUUGAGAUGCAGCCACUGACUCCCAGUAGGAUUGCGCGACUCUCAAUGUGUGGCAUUGCUGCGCUGUACAACGCUGUGUUGACGUCAAUAGCCACCAGUGUUCUCGGUAUGAGCCAGGCCAGCAGCUCCCAGAAACAGACUGCAUCCACUAGUCAAGGAAGCGGAGGAGGAGGUUCUAGUGGUGGGCAAUCCAACAAAGACCAUGAUGACUUUGAGGAUCAGGCCUGUAGCAUAGUGAACAAGGCCUUAGAGAUCUACUCCAAUAUUGGUGACAUGUUCAAGGCUUCGGCCAGGAUUCAUGUGUAUCAGAACCAUCUAUGCUAUGGCAGCUGGCUGCUUAUUAGCGGUAUACAAGGAGCAAUGGGCGCCUCAGGAAGUGGUGGGUCUAGCUCGGAGGCUGCAUCCAAAUCGGCAGCGAAAGCGACCAAGUCUGGAAGUGAGGCUGGAACCGCACCUACUACACCUAUUGCCAGAGUCAACCUUUUUAAGGUUCAGCAAGGAUUUGGAGAACUAAAUGCAGCUAUUGCCAACCACAGCAUUAAACUGCUAUCAGAGUUAAUCGAUGAUCUGAAAAUUGAAUCUGCAUGCGGACAGAGUCUCGAAUCCACAGAGCUGCCGGAGCCCGCACAGUUCGAUAUUUUGCAAAACUACACUUCGCUGGAGAGGAUUGUGCGCGUCCUAAAUACGGCCACUCUGCACCAACUUUUCACUUUCCUGGCCACUGUGGCUUAUCGCAAGGCCUGCACCUUAAGGCGCGCCUCUGCCAAGGACCGCACGGAAUGUGAACCCAUAAGCUACUCAGAUUCUACGACUUAUUUUAACGAUUCGCUCUCCUGUUCCGACAACUCCGAGGAGGACGACAGUGAGAGUUACCUGGGGCACUGGUUUAAGGAAACGCUUUCUCCAGAAACCCAUGAUGAUAAUGCAAACACAUCCACACAAGAGCGCGGAGAACAGAAGAGCGCUCUGGUACCCAAGCUAGAUGAGCCACAUGAGUAUCUAGACUUGGCCGCAGACAUAUUCUGUUUUCUGGAUCAAUUUUUGGCUAAUCGACAUGCCUACAUGCAGCGCUAUGUAAAGGCCGGAGUCAGUGAUCAGCAAAUGCUGUUAAUGGCUAAUAUAAUCAAGGAUUUCGACCGUGACGUGAUGCGAAAUGAGAGCGAACAGGGAUCGGGAAAUGCCCCAGCUGCUAGUGCAACAGCAGGAACCUCUGCCGGAGCAUCUACCAAGUGGCAGACCUCGAUGAUUCGGUUCUCGGGAGCUGCAGGCCGCUAUAUUCACAAUUUGAUUUCCACGUCAUUGCUCUCCGAACAAUUGCAGUCAAAUCUGCUGCAGCACUUGUCCAUAUCGCCGUGGUCGACUGAUACAAACACCUGGCCUCUGCAAGUGUAUCCAAGUACUCUGUCCGUACUGGUGCAAAUCCUUUUGCUGAAGCCGACACAAGAGAAAGAAGCCGCCUGCUUGUCUGUGUGGCAUCGCCUUAUCAACACUUUGGUGGAAGGAGUUUGCUCUUGGAACGCCGCCAGUGAUUCUGACUAUGAAGACCUAAACAUCGAGCACGCCCAAUUGCUGCUUUUCCUAUUCCACUCGCUAAAUCUGAUGCAAAAGAAGUCCAUUCUGCUCCUAACGGCAGGCGGUGUUAUCCGUUGUGCUGAAGUGUGUCGUGGAAUCAGCGGAGAUAGACCCGUAAAAAACAGCCAAAUGAUGCUGCUGUCCCGAUUGCUUCUCUUUUUGGAGUAUCUUAUGAAGCACUUGUACAAUGCGCCUCCGGAAUUGCUAGACCAGGUGCGCUGGAAUCUUUUUAGUGUAAGCAGCAUGCCAGAGACCCAAAAGAUUACGGAUCUGCUCAACAGUCGAACCAAACUGAAUUCCUAUUGCCGCCAAGAUAUUGAGGAAAAAUUCCGAAAGUCGGCCGGCGAAUAUGGCUCAUCAAUUCGCCCGACGUUUUAUUCAUUGGUAAUGGGUGAUCCAGAGAAAAGCUACUGGGCUCAGGAAUUCAAGCUGGAUGGCUUAGCCUGGAACUUUAUUCUCUGCACACCGGAUAAGCUUAAAUAUCCGCUACUGGUGGAUGCUUUGACCGACAUACUUUCCAUCACCGACAUGUCUAUCUAUUCCAAGGAAAAGGAUAAGGAAGCGAGCAUGCACAAUCUUUGUGCUAUGCAGUAUUGCUUUACGAUUGCAUGGAAACUCGUUUUGGGUUUGCCACCCUCUACAUCUCACGUGGAGUCGCUGAAGGUAGAGCGAUCACCCAAUCUGCACUCGCUGAUCUGGAGUAUACGGCUACCCCUAGCCAGUUCUCACUACCUAGUGGUUAGCAGCCUAAUCAAGCAGGGAAUGUAUACCCAGUACGCUGAGACGUUGUGGAGUCAAGUGGGCGAUAUAGCUGCCGAUAUUAAAUAUAGUCUCAAGCAAACAAUUCUUGGUGUGGAAGCAUUCAAUAGUCAAAUGAAUGGAAAUGGAACUCCACGCCUUUCCGAUCUCAUCCUAUUUGAUUCCUUGGUGGCUCACAUGCAGGCGGUAGCCUGGGCAAACAAGGAGGGCUACAAGUGGCCGCGAAAAGAGAGCGAUGAUGCCACUGGCGAGCAGUCCUCUGCGGUUUCAUCUCUAACUUCAUCGUCAAACGAUCCGGAACUGUAUUCUUCGAACGAGUCGAUUGAUGAUCAAAAAUUAAAACAAGAAGAGGAGGGUAAGCUGCCGAGCGAUCUGCAGAAGCAUAACCAACUCGUAAACGAGCUUAUAGUGAAGCUAAUGAAUUCUUACCGAUUGCUUUCGGUGAUCGUGCGUGGCCAGAUGCUGAAGCAGUUGUCAAGCUCCACACCGGAGAAGGUAUUGAAUCUGAUUGUGCCCGUUGUAAGCGAUAAGCCAGCCAUUAUGUUGGAGCUACAUGCAGCUUUCCUUAAACUUUUGCCCAACGAGGACAAACAACUUAUAGCAAACGAGUGGCCAAAGUGCCUAAUGGUCAAUGAUUCCGCAUUCGAUGGCAAGCAACAUCCGGUGGAACCAUAUACCUUGAACGUCGUAGAUUCUCACAUUAUAGAGCUAACACGAGGAUCCAAUUACUCUACCCUGCACACCCUGAAGCACUGCUUAAAGUCUAUCCUGCAUAUGUUCGAAUUGCUGCUACCACAUUGCACCGGGAACACAGAAGUAGAGGCUCAGCUAAAGCAUUUGCUUAUCGCCUCAAUGCUGGACAUGCGAACUGAUUACUUGCAAGGACAAAGCGAGCAGUGUCUGCGGGAGAUCCUCAGUGGCCUGACCCUGGAGGCUCAAAAGCUGCUGCUAUAUGAACACAUGAUUGGAUAUUGCUAUCGCAUGCUCAAAGAUUUUGCUGCCGAUCUUCGUCAGCCCCAGGCUGCGGGGCCUAGUGGGGCAGCUACUCUUGAUCAGGAUCGUGCUAUGUUUAACGAGUCUAUGCUGUUCGCCGUGCUUAAAACUAUGAUCAAAAUGUUGGAAAAGCCCGUGGCAGUUCAAGCCAUGCGCCAGUUUUUCAAAGAUCAACGCACUGGCAGUCUUACCACACUUUUGCUCUCGUUCACUGGCACUAGUCUGCCUGUCAGCUAUGCGCGUAAGAUGCUGCAGUUCGUUAACCGGCUAUUCCAGCAAUCCUUACAAGCGGAAUCACAGUUCCAGCAUGAAGAUCUGGUUGAGUGCUUCUCGGAACUGGCCACAGUUGACGUGGCUCGUUUAAAGCAAUGGUUGGCCCACAUUAUCUACGGCCCGAAUGUGAGUACCGAUGUAAGCACCUCCGAGGCAUUAGACACCACCUGCCGAAUGCUCACCAGCAUUUUGCAGCCGUCGAGCAGCUCCAGCAGCAAUGCUCAGACUCCAACAAAUAUGGCCACCGUUUCGGCUAUGCCGAGUAUCUCAGACCAGUUGGAUCCCAUGGAAAUUGAGUACGAUUGCGGAACUGCAGCGGGAGGCGGAGACAGUGUCCCAGGAGCGGGUGGAGCUGCAGCCAAUACUUCUCAGAUUCUGAGUCUGUGGCAGGCGGCUCAACCAAAUCCGUCGGAAGAAUCUUCACAGGCCUGCGAUCACACUGGUAUCGAACGAAAUGGUGCGCUGCUUUUAAGCUUCGUGAAAUCAUUGGUGAAGGAUCAAAACAAGGCAUCGCAGAUAGCUCCACCACUGUUCCAAGCUUUGCUUCAGCUCGGACAAACAUUAAUAUCACCACCCCAAGAAGGCUGCGAUUUUGCGGAUGUACUCCAAAUAAUGAUUACUCUAGCUGACGCUAGUCCAGCACGCGGGCAUGUCGCCUUGUUUAAUACCACCCUUCUUUGGCUGGAACUGGCCAAAUUGCAAUUACCGGACAAACAUCUGAAACAUGCGGAGAACGUAAGUGCCCAGCUGCGCUAUCUAAGCGAGCUUCUGCAGAGCAUCGGCUUCCGAGGCAGUAGGCAACAUAUCCCGCCGUGGGAUGAUGAACUACAGACCGAUAUUGAUGAGCUCUACGACGAGCUAGCCGAGGAGGGCGAACAAGACUCGUUGCUGGACGAUUCCGACGAGGACACGCUGAACAACAAGCUGUGUACCUUUUCGCAAACACAAAAGGAGUUCAUGAACCAACAUUGGUAUCACUGUCAUACCUGCAACAUGAUUAAUACAGUUGGCGUCUGUUCCGUGUGCGCAAGGGUUUGCCAUAAGGGACACGAUGUGAGUUACGCCAAAUAUGGAAAUUUCUUCUGUGACUGCGGAGCCAAGGAGGACGGAUCCUGUCAGGCGUUGAGUAGGCGUUUGGGUAGCAGUGAGGUCAGAGAUUCAGCUGGAAUUGGCAGCUACCUACCUUCCCACAUGAGCUUACUCGCUGGAAAGAAGAGGAGCAGCCCACCAGUUAGCCAGCCGGUACCAACGCGAAAGGAUUCAUUGACUAACGAACGGAUCGCAGUGCUUACCAAGCUGUUGGAGCCAUAUAGAGAGACCCUUCAGCACCAGGAUCAGUGGCUGCUGGUCGUACGAUGCAUCCUAGAGUAUUUUGACGUGUUGCUUCCCUCUAUAAACGAAAACUGUACACUGUACUCCAUUGUCGGCUGCCACAAGAGAGCAACUGCGGCCUUGGAGAGACUCCAUCAGCUUGAACAGAGCUUCCAGGUGACUGAUCAACUAAUGUUUGCAACCUUGGGAUCACAAGAAGGUGCUUUUGAGAAUGUUCGCAUGAACUAUUCCGGCGAUCAGGGUCAGACUAUAAAGCACCUAAUAUCAUCUGGAGUUGUACGCCGUGUUGCAUUCUGCUGCUUGUCCUCGCCACAUGGACGUCGUCAACAGUUGGCUGUAUCCCAUGAGAAGGGAAAGGUGACCAUCCUCCAGCUCUCGGCUCUGUUAAAGCAGGCAGAUGCCUCAAAGAGAAAGUUAACUUUAACGCAAUUGAGUUCUGCACCUAUUGCCUGCACGGUUCUCUCCCUAGCUGCCAAUCCGUGCAAUGAGGAUUGCCUUGCAGUUUGCGGCUUAAAAGAGUGUCACGUGCUCACCUUCUCAAGCAGCGGCAGUACCAACGAACACAUUGUAGUGAGUCCCCAACUAGAAAACGGAAACUACAUUAAGAAAGCUGUAUGGUUGCCUGGCUCGCAGACUCUUCUGGCCAUUGUCACUUCUGAUUAUGUAAAGAUCUACGAUUUGGCAGUGGAUACAUAUAGUCCAAAGUACUAUUACCUAGUGGCCGUUGGCAAAAUCAGAGACUGCACUUUUAUGUACCAGGAUGGCAACUACUAUAUGCUGAGCUUUGCAAGCAGCGGAUACAUCUAUACCCAACAGUUGGAUCAACAGAGUCUGGCGGUACACGGAGAUUUCUAUGUCACCAACACCUUGGAGCUGAGCCACCAACACAUCAAGGAUAUAAGCGGUCAAGUCGGAGGCGGUGGAGUAUCCAUCUACUAUUCUCAUACCCUGCAACUGCUGUUCUACAGUUACUCUUCCGGACGAAGCUUCUUUUCACCACUCACCAAUGUGAAUGAAGGCGUGAAGGGAAUUUACCAUCUGGACACCAAUUCGGCUAGUAAGUCAGCUUCGAAGGGGCCGCUGCAGCCUCUCGUACAAUGGACAGAGGUUACAGGGCACCCAGGAUUGGUUUACGCCAGCAUGCAAACAUCGAAUAACCCGAUUAUAUUGAUGAUAACUCCUGAACGGAUUUACCUGCAAGAGAUAAAGGCACAAUCGGCCAAGUCGCGUAUCAUGGAUGUGGUAGGCAUUCGUCAUGCGGUGGCCGGAGUAGAAAAAACUACGCUUCUGCUGCUCUGCGAGGAUGGAAGCUUGAGGAUCUUCUCCGCUCAACCGGAGUACACUAGCUUCUGGCUAUCGCCGCAGGUUCAACCAUUUGGAAAUCAGUUGUACUCGUCAACCUUGAUGGCUAAGGGAGGACCUAGUUCGACUUCAAAGUCCAAAUCUAAUACAGCAUCUGGAAAGUUGAGCAGCAGGAAGGCAAGCCAACAGCAGAAGCAACUCACUGCUGGAGGUCAGCCCGUUUUCCCAAUUGACUUUUUCGAGCACUGCAACAUGCUCGCCGAUGUGGAAUUCGGAGGCAAUGAUCUGCUUCAGAUCUACAACAAACAAAAACUAAAGACGCGUCUCUUCUCAACGGGAAUGUUUGUGGCCAGCACCCGAACGAAUGGCUUUACGCUGGAGGUGAUCAAUAAUGAUCCCAAUGUGGUAAUCGUGGGAAUAAGAGUUUUAAUUGGAACUCAGGAUGUACAGCGUGCACCCCAAUCUGUGACUAUUCUGGGACGCACUAUCCCCACACCGGUUAGGAGAGCACGCUGGUUCGAUAUCCCGCUGACUCGGGAAGAAAUGCUCCAGUCAGACAAGCUAUUGAAAGUCGUGUUUGCUAAAGCACCGGAUCCGGAGCAUGUGACAUUACUGGAUUGCAUUGAAGUCUAUGGAAAGUCUAAAGAGCUGGUGGGCUGGCCCGACGAAAGCGAGGAUAUUACUGUUCCAGGAUCCAGUGCGCCAGCAGUAUCUUCCUCGCAGGCAAGUAGCGCUAGCUUUGGAGAAGGAUUCAACUGCAUUACUCAACUGGAUCGAAUGGUUAAUCACCUUUUGGAAGUGAUGGAUUGUGCGCUGCACUUGUUGGGAUCUGCAGUGCCUGCACCUAUGCGUCAAAAGGCAGUUAAGACAGCGAGUGCCCUAUUGCUUCUGCCCACGCCCAAUCCUGUUCAGACCCAGGCUCGCUACGUCCUGGCCACUCUAUACGGAACAAGAGCAUCGUACCACAACUACAAGGAUGGAGUGCUUCUUCAGUUUGUACAUGGAGAACUGCAGUCUAUGCAGCCGAAGCUCGAAAAACUUGAGUCUCUACGGGAGAUCGACCCUGAGGCUUUCUACCGCCUAAUUCUCCUCGUCCGUGGCAUUGCGAACGCGCGUCCACAAUCGCUAGCGAAGAUCUGCGCUGAGAACAACUACGAUAUUGUUCCAACCCUCAUGGGAUUUGUCUUGGAGUUGCAUAAGGUUACACCGGCACUAGACGAGCCCGUGAAUAUUGUGAAGCGAGGCUUGUGCCAGGCGGAGACCAUUGUCCACUGUCUGGUAGAGAUUAUGUACGGAUUUGCCUUAGCCGAUCCUGGACAGGUUGGUCGCAUGACCAAGUACUUCAUCGAUUUGCUCAAGCAUGAUGCCAGUGUGAUUAGCCACAGCGCCAAGGAGGCCUUAAUCCUUUUGCUCAGUCCAAGAUUGAAGCGCAGAAAGGUGGCUAUAGUUACGCCCCCAGCUUGCUCGACUCCGACUCCCUCUACGUCCGCCAUGCAAGCACUGCAAGCAGUGGCUGCAUCAGCUGCAAGUGAUAUCAUUGAGGAGGCAGCUGCCGUUGCUGUUGAUGCUGCAGUCGGAGGAGGCGGCUUACCCGAAGGUGGUGCAGACGCAGAAGGUGGUGCAGUUGGUGUAGGAGGUGUCGGUCAGCAGCAGAUGCUCAAUCUGGAGGCAUUCAUGGGUGGCGGCUUCCCUCGCUUACUCGGCCUGCCCGAAGAUGCCGACGAUGAGGCCAUCAUGGAUAUUGCCAUCGCUUUGAGUCUCCAACAGCACGGCGGGGAUGCAAACGCCCUGCAAUCUCUUCAGCAAGGAUUGGCCAAUCUUCAGGGCAUUCGUCAAGCUACUGCCAUGGCAGCAGCGGUGAACGCAACUGCUAAUGUCUCCCUGGGUGGAUCUGACGAUGACGAAGGUUCUAAUGUAGCAACCGAUGGUUCGACAUUGCGUACAUCACCUGCAGAACCUGCUGGCAGUGGUGGAUCAGAGAGUGGUGGCAGCGGAGUAGAGAGUAUUGGUGGAACAUCCGCCAGAAGCAGCAACUUUGGCGACCAUGCGAACGCUUCACCGCCGCGUCAGGGUUCCGCCAAGGACGAUCAAGAGCAGCCAGGACCCAGUGGCAUUGCUGGCUCCGGUGGUGUUGCUGUUUUGAGUGCCAUGAGCAGCAGUGAGGAUAAUGAAAUAAACGAGGACGAUAAGCUCAGCAAGCUACAUGACCUCAGGAUUGCUGUGCUGGAGAGCAUUAUCCAACAUCUAGGAACAUUCGACUUGUGCAAUGGCUUGCAGGCAAUCCCACUGAUUCAGGUUAUACUCAUGUUGACCACCGAUCUGAAUGGCAACAAUGAACGGGAUCAGCAAGUGCUCCAGGAUCUGCUAACAGCCCUAGUGGACUAUGUGGAAAUUGGAAAGCGGGGAGCUGCCUCUAGGAUGGAAACGAAGUGUCCUGGCAAUGAGGUGCGUCUGGCAGUGCUUUCCCUGUUCGGAGUUAUGAUGGGUAAAACCAAGUCAAAGCAGACUGGAACAACAUCGCCGCCGCAUCAGUUUAAGGACAAUAGUUCCUUUGUGGCCAGUACGACAGCAAACGUUCUCAGUAAGAGUGGAGCAUUCGUUUACGCCCUAGAAGCAUUAAACACACUUCUGGUGCACUGGAAGAAUGUGCUAGGAGAUCCUUAUGCAGCCGGUGGCGGACUAGCUUCACAGUCGGCACAAGCCAGCGGUGGAGCUUCAGGUCCCGGAGUUCAGCUACUGAAACCCAUUAAACAUGGUCCCAAACCUGACAUAUCCAUACUUAUACCGCACAACUAUCUGAAAAAUUACCCGGAUAUCUUCGAAUCUUACGAUGGACUUCUUACUGAAAUUAUUGUGCGAUUGCCGUAUCAGAUUCUUCGCUUAAGUAGCGCCCAUCCGGAUAACUACGAUAGUGGAUUCUGCGAAGCCAUGACCUUUACACUUUGUGAGUACAUGAUGCUAAACUUGAACACCCUGCUUCGCCGGCAAGUACGAAAGCUCCUCAUGUACAUUUGCGGCAGCAAGGAGAAGUUCCGCAUGUAUCGCGACGGUCACUCCCUCGACGCUCAUUUCAGGGUGGUCAAACGAGUGUGCAACAUUGUCAGCAGCAAGACUGGUGCUCCCUACAACGCCAAUCCCCCAAUGCUUUCUUACGAUGCACUGGUGGAGCUGACGGAACACCUACGCACUUGCCAGGAGAUCAGCCAAAUGCGCACCGGCAACUGGCAGAAAUUCUGCGUCGUUCAUGAAGAUGCCUUGGCCAUGCUGAUGGAAAUCGCCUGUUACCAGUUGGACGAUGGUGUGUCGCCUAUUAUUAUACAAUUGCUGCAGGCGGCCGUUUGCAACUUACCCGCUCCUAGUGGAUCUAAGCAGGUACAGCCGCAGCCACAGCCAUCGACCUCGUCUUCCUCCGGAAAACUUCGAACCGAUCGGGAGAAGAGCGAGGAUACCGACGCCUACUACUCCAAAUUCGAUCCUGCCCAGUGUGGUACUUUUGUACACCAAAUCUUCAGAUACGCAUGCGAUGCGCUAAUAAUCAGGUUUGUGAGGAUAUUCCUGUUGGAGAACAACAUUAGUCAGCUUAGAUGGCAGGCCCACUCAUUUAUGACCGGACUCUUUGAACAUGCCAAUGAACGGCAGCGGGAGAAACUUCUGAACAUAUUUUGGAACCUGUGGCCAUUGGUGCCCACUUACGGCCGGAGGACAGCCCAGUUUGUGGAUCUAUUGGGAUAUCUAACACUUAGUACCAGAAGUAUAACAGAGCGACUGCCUGAGUUUGUUUCCCGCGCUGUGGAUGUUCUGCGGCAGCAAAACGAAUUGCUUUGCAAGCAUCCAAAUGCCCCAAUAUACACCACCUUGGAGUCCAUUCUUCAAGUAAAUGGUUACUAUCUCGAAUCGGAGCCAUGUUUAGUGUGCAACAAUCCAGAGGUGCCGAUGGCCAAUAUAAAGUUGCCAUCAGUUAAAUCAGACUCGAAGUACACGACAACCACAAUGAUUUACAAGCUAGUCCAAUGCCAUACUAUUUCCAAGUUGAUCGUAAGGAUUGCCGACCUAAAGCGAACAAAGAUGGUGAGGACCAUUAAUGUUUACUACAACAACCGCAGUGUCCAGGCGGUAGUGGAGCUAAAGAAUCGCCCAGCUCUGUGGCACAAAGCCCGCUCAGUAUCCCUGCAAUCGGCACAAACCGAAUUAAAGAUCGAUUUUCCACUACCAAUCACUGCAUGCAAUUUGAUGAUCGAGUUUGCUGAUUUCUUUGAAACUGUGAGUGGCUCCAGUGAGAAUCUACAAUGUCCACGAUGUAGUGCAGCAGUGCCGGCCUAUCCGGGAGUCUGUGGAAAUUGCGGUGAGAACGUGUUCCAAUGCCACAAAUGUCGGGCAAUUAACUACGAUGAGAAGGACCCCUUCCUGUGCCACUCAUGUGGCUUCUGCAAAUAUGCCAAAUUUGAUUUUAGCAUGUACGCCCGCGUUUGCUGCGCUGUUGAUCCCAUUGAAUCAGCAGAGGAUCGGGUCAAGACCGUUUCCCUGAUUCAUAGCUCUCUAGAACGAGCCGAUAGAAUCUAUCGUCAGCUGCUGACCAACAAGCAAAUGCUGGAGCUUCUUAUUCAAAAGGUGGCCGAGCACCGUAGCAGUGACCGAAUGGUGGAGGACAACAUGGCCAGCGUGCACAGCACAUCGCAAGUAAACAAGAUUAUACAGCUGCUCGCCCAGAAAUACUGCGUGGAAUCGCGAACCAGUUUUGAGGAACUAAGCAAGAUCGUUCAGAAGGUCAAGGCAUGUCGAAGCGAACUUGUGGCCUACGAUCGUCAACAGCAGGACCAGCCGCCGAUUAAUCCCGGCUCGGCAACCGGUGCCGAGAAUCCCACCACAAAUCGCUGCUACGGCUGUGCAUUGGCAUCUACCGAACAGUGUCUGACGCUUCUCCGAGCCAUGGCUUACAAUUACGAUUGUCGCGUGGGCUUGUACAGUCAGGGACUCGUCAGUGAGCUGGCUGAGCACAACCUGCGACGUGGCACUCCCCAAAUUCAGGAAGAAGUCCGCAACCUGCUGGUUGUGCUGACUAAGGAUAAUGCCGAGGCAUGCAUGCAUCUGUUGCAGCUGGUGACUACAAGAGUAAAGAAUGCACUGAUGGGAUCGAUUCCUCUGAUAAGUUUAGAGGCAGCUGUGCAUCAGGAAAUGACACUUCUGGAAGUGCUCUUGGGCCAGGACGACGUCUGCUGGGAAUACAAGCUGAAGGUCAUCUUUGAGCUGUUUAUUAGCAACUGCAGGUUGCCUCGUGGUCCUGUAACAUCAGUACUGCACCCCUGCCUGCGUAUCAUGCAGAAUCUCAUCUGCCCGGUGCUGCCAAGCAGUAAGCCCAAUCAGAAGGUGGCCACUACAGAUUUGUGUAGUAUGAAGAUGCUUGAAGGCAACACGGUGGACUAUAGGGCCUGGCUAAACUCGGACCGUAACAAUGAAUACGCAGCGUGGAGCAAGCGGAUGCCUUCAAACAGCCAGGCUAAGCAAAAGAACGCCAAGGAUCAGCCCGUACCGGUAUCAGGCGGAUCAGGUGUACCAGAAGCCCCGCCGAAGACCAGACGAGAGGUGCGAGCCGCCUUCCUCAGCGAAAAGUACGGAAAACGAUGGCGGGAACGGGUUCUGGACAAGCAACGUGUGAUUAAGCCACUAGUUUUUAAUGCCAAGUGGAUACAACCGUUGCUGUUUAAUGCAAACUCCAGAUUCGGUCGCCAGCUGGCCUGCUCCUUGCUCAGUAGUUUGAGCAGGACUAACGAACGCAGGCAACAGGCUCUAAACAUGCUGACCUCGUUCCUGAAACAUGUAGGCGAAGCAGGCGAGGCCAGUGCAGAGUACUUAAUGUUGUACAAGAGCAUGGCCACUGAGCAGCCCUGGCUGCAGUAUUUGGUCCUGAAAGGAGUAUUAAGUCAAAUCUCACAGCUUCUGGCAAUUGAAAUAAGCAAGGUGCACCGCAUGGAGGAGCACUCGCUUUCUUCAGAUUUAUCCUUGGGAUAUGCCCUGCGCCAGUAUGUGGAAUUGUUGUGGCUACUUCUAGAGUGUCCGAAUAUCCGAAGAACCUACAAGACUCGCAUGCUGGGGCCAGUCCUGGAAAGCUAUCUUGCCCUAAGGAGCUUAGUGGUGCAGCGUACGCGACUUAUCGACGACGCCCAGGAGAAGCUGUUAGAGAUGCUAGAGGAUAUGACCAGCGGAACUGAGGAGGAGACACGUGCCUUUAUGGAAAUCCUUAUUGACACCGUGGAGAAGACCCGCAUGAAUGACAUCAAAACACCGGUGUUUAUAUUCGAGCGUUUAUAUUCUAUUAUUCAUCCCGAGGAGCACGACGAAAGCGAGUUCUAUAUGACCUUAGAGAAGGAUCCCCAGCAGGAGGACUUCCUGCAAGGACGCAUGCUGGGUAAUCCUUAUCCCUCAAGUGAAAUGGGAUUGGGUCCACUGAUGCGGGAUGUGAAGAAUAAGAUAUGUACGGAUUGUGAACUGAUCGCCCUCUUGGAAGAUGAUAACGGCAUGGAAUUGCUGGUCAACAACAAGAUAAUUAGCUUGGAUCUGCCCGUCAAGGAUGUGUACAAGAAGGUUUGGUUAGCUGAAGGAGGCGACCGAGAUGCCAUGAGAAUUGUUUACCGCAUGCGCGGUCUUCUAGGAGACGCCACAGAGGAAUUUGUGGAAACGCUGAACAACAAAAGCCAGGAGCAGGUGGACACCGAGCAGCUGUAUCGCAUGGCCAAUGUGCUCGCAGAUUGCAACGGCCUGCGCGUAAUGUUGGACAGGAUUGGCAGCCUGCAGCGCAUUUCGCGCAACCGAGAACUUAUCCAAGUACUGCUAAAGCUUUUCCUCAUUUGUGUGAAAGUGCGCCGUUGCCAAGAGGUGCUUUGCCAGCCCGAGAUUGGAGCCAUCAACACGCUGCUUAAGGUGCUUCAAAUGUGUCUGCAGUCGGAGAACGAUUCGAUUCAGUCGGCAGUCACAGAGCAGUUAUUGGAGAUCAUGGAAACGAUACUCUCGAAGGCGGCCAGCGAUACGUUGGAUUCGUUCCUGCAGUUCUCCCUGACAUUCGGUGGACCGGAGUAUGUGAGCGCCCUAAUAUCGUGCACAGACUGUCCGAACGUUAGAAACAAUCCUUCCGUGCUGCGCCAUCUCAUUCGGGUCCUGGCCGCUUUGGUCUAUGGCAACGAGGUGAAGAUGGCCCUUCUUUGCGAGCAUUUUAAGGACACUUUAAACUUCAAACGCUUUGACAACGAGCGCACACCUGAAGAGGAGUUCAAGCUGGAACUCUUCUGCGUGCUGACUAACCAAAUUGAGCACAACUGCAUUGGGGGCACCCUCAAGGACUACAUAGUAAGUCUAGGCAUCGUGGAGCGAUCGCUAGCCUACAUCACCGAGCAUGCACCUUGUGUCAAACCCACUCUCCUGCGAACCGACUCCGAUGAGCUGAAGGAAUUCAUCUCGCGACCAAGCUUAAAGUAUAUUCUUCGCUUCCUCACCGGCCUUUCAAAUCAUCAUGAGGCAACUCAGGUGGCCAUUAGCAAGGACAUUAUACCCAUUAUUCAUCGCCUGGAACAAGUAUCCAGCGAUGAGCAUGUGGGCAGUCUGGCGGAGAACCUUCUGGAAGCACUCUCCACGGAUGCGGCGACAGCAGCGAGGGUGCAGCAAGUGCGUGACUUCACAAGGGCCGAGAAGAAGCGGCUGGCUAUGGCAACGCGAGAAAAACAGUUGGACGCGUUGGGAAUGCGCACGAACGAAAAGGGCCAGGUGACCGCAAAGGGCUCCAUUCUGCAAAAGAUCGAAAAACUGCGCGACGAAACGGGACUGACUUGCUUUAUUUGUCGCGAGGGAUACGCCUGCCAGCCGGACAAGGUGCUUGGUAUCUACACCUUCACCAAGCGCUGCAAUGUCGAGGAGUUUGAGCUGAAGUCGAGGAAAACCAUUGGCUACACCACCGUUACACACUUCAAUGUGGUCCAUGUAGACUGCCACACAUCAGCCAUACGAUUGACGCGUGGCAGAGAUGAAUGGGAGCGGGCUAGUUUGCAAAACGCCAACACUAGAUGCAAUGGACUGCUGCCUCUUUGGGGACCCGCCGUUGGAGAGGCGGCCUUCUCAGCUUGCAUGACCCGCCACAGCAGUUAUAUGCAGGAGAGUACCCAGCGCUGUGACAUCUCCUACACAAGCAGUGUGCAUGACUUGAAGCUGCUGUUGGUUCGGUUUGCUUGGGAACGCAGCUUCCACGACGAUGCCGGCGGAGGCGGUCCACAAUCAAACAUGCACUUUGUACCCUACCUGCUCUUCUACUCAGUCUAUCUGCUGCUUUCGUCGCGAUCAGCGGCAAGGGACAGCAAGACUCUACUGACAUAUUUGCAGGCCGCGCCCAGCGAGAAGUGGUUGGAAUGCGGAUACGACGUGGAUGGUCCGCUGUUUAUGGCAACCAUUUCGCUCUCACUGCACAGUCGCGAGCUAUGGAAUAAGCAUAAGCUAGCUCAUAUAAAGAGGAUGAUUGCAGUGGCCCAGGGUCGUCACGUCUCACCCGCCGUGCUGUGCAAGGCGUUGUUAACGCCGGCAGAUCGGCAGGCCAAGGCGUACAAUGUGUACAAGCCCUUCCUUAUGAUGUGGGCACUGGUGGACUUGAUCUACAACAACCUGUUCAAGACGGUAAGCACGCCCAAGGAGGAGGAUUGGCCGAUUUCGCUGUUCGACUAUCUUCGAAAGAAUGAUGAGGCUUUGCUCAAGUCCACGGACAACAUCCUGCAGACCCUAACGGAGGAGUUCCUGCCGUGCACUUCCUUUGCAGAGUUCUGUGAUGUGGCAGGUCUUCUGCAUCUGAUCGAGCAGCCGGACAGCUUCAUCGAAGAAAUCCUCGCCGCCCUGCCUUCAACAUCAAGCUCUAGUUAAAAUACAAUCGUCGUUUCUAACCAACUAAGCGAUUGCUUGCAUAUAUAUAAACAUACAGCAUAAAUUUAUAUUUAUCACAUACUAAAUAUCUAAUCAAUAAAAAUUAUUUGUUUGCACAAUGAA